AAAAAUACCUCCCGCCCGCUCCGCUCCACUCCCAGCCAAACUUCCUCCAGGGGCAAGGUGGGGGACGGCAGCACAAAAAAUACCCCUGCCCCCCUCCGAGAGAUGCUGUAGGGCGAAUCAAUCACCCCCAAACCCCUCGGUUUGUCCCCUGUCCUUGUCCCCCUCCUGUCCCCAUCGCGCUGCCGGACGCUGGAUCCCCGACCCUCGCCCGCCUCCCCCCGCGGCCCCGGGGCUCAAGGUGCGGAUCCCUCCCUGGUGCCGGCCGGGGCUCUCACCUCCCACCAUGGGGGUUAAGGCGAUGCUCCCCAGCUACGAGCUGGGGUUUUAUGCCCUCGUGGUGACCUGUGCCGUGCUCUACAGCGGCAGCGGCAUCUUCCAGGCAUCCAGAGACAGCAUGAACAGAAAAGCCUUUCGGGAUGGCAUAAAGCCAGGCUGGCACUACUUUGGCAGGAAGAUGGACGUGGCUGAUUUCGAGUGGGUGAUGUGGUUCACCUCGUUCAGGAACGUCAUCAUCUUCGCCCUCUCGGGACACGUCCUCUUCGGCAAGAUCUGCUCCAUGACCGUGCCACAGCACCGGGCUGUGAUGUACAUGAUCUACGGGCUCCUGGCUGUGCUGGGCAGCAUGGGGCUGGUCUACCUGAUGAUCAUCCUCUCCCACUGCCUGCUCCUCUACUCGGUGGCCCUGGCCAAGCAGAAGUGGCUCUGCUACGUGGCCGGGCUCUGCUGCCUCGCCUCCUUCAAGGUGGAGCCCUUUGGCUCGUGGCAGAGCGGGUUUGUGACGGGAGCUUUUGAUCUCCAAGAUGUCCUUUUCUACGGAGGCUGCACCUUCACCAUCAUGCGCUGCAUGAGCUUCGCCCUCGAGAGCUCCGAGAAGGCAGAGGGCAUCUACUCCAUCUUCGACCUCCUCAAGUACAACUUCUACCUCCCGUUCUUCUUCUUCGGGCCUGUCAUGACCUUUGACCAGUUCCACGCCCAGGUGAGCACCCGAGAGCUGAGGCGCAAGGACGACGAGAUGAAGAGCAUCCGUGUCAAUGCCCUGCUCCACGUGGGGGCCAUCGUGGCCGUGGACAUCUUCUUCCACUUCUUCUACAUCCUCACCCUGCCCUCUGACCUGAAGUUCGUGAACCGCCUCUCGGACUGGUCCUUGGCUGGCCUGGCCUACUCUAAUUUGGUGUAUGACUGGGUGAAAGCUGCUGUCAUGUUUGGGGUCAUCAACACCAUCGCCAGACUGGACCACCUGGACCCACCCCAGCCCCCAAAAUGCAUCACCAUGCUCUACAUCUUUGCUGAAACGCAUUUUGACAGAGGGAUUAAUGACUGGCUGUGCAAAAUUCCAGCUGGGGUUGCCCUGGUCACCUCCUUUUCCUCACAGACCCUUUUCCCUCUGCUCCUCUCUCCUCCACAGGCCAAGCUGUCAGGGGCCAUGUCUCGGCGGAUCAGGGCGGCUUUUGGGGCAGUGAACUUCUGGGCCAUCGUGCUCUACAACAUCCUGGCCCUCAACAGCCUGGAGUUUGCACUGCUGGUGACCAAGAGACUCCUCGUGAUGGGUUUCCCCGAGAGCACCUUGUCCAUCUGGUUCAUCACGUACUGUGGCGUGCAGCUGAUCAAGGAGCGCGAGCGCAUCCUGGCCAUCCAGGAGGAGGAGAAGGGUGACAAGGCAAAGGUGGAGUAGGGGAGGCACCACAGGCUUGUCCUGAAGCCUCGUCUCCCUUCCAGCCACUGCUGCCAGGCCAGGGCUCUCCAAGGCCUCCUGACAACCGGACUGCUGUAGCUCAUCCACGUAGAAGUCGCCUGCAAGGCACAGGUCACCCCCUUGCUGCAGGGAAGAUUUUCCAUCAGGCACAGCGGGUGUUUCACGGUCUCCCCAGGCGUGGCAGGAUGCUGAGGCAGCUCUCAGGACGUUUCUUCCAUGCCAGAGCCAUCCCCAUUGUUUUCCUGACCCUCUGACAGUGUGCAGACCCAGAGGUUUCACCCCCUGCUUCCCACAACGCUUGGUGCACCAGCACUGGGCUCCCCCUCAGCCCAUAUCUCCCAGAGGAGACUCUCCAGGCCCCGUGGCUGGAGGUUUUAUGGCUCUGCACUGUUGGAUCUGAGACUGCUGUGCCCACCAAGACCACCCUGCUGUGACACGUGUGCUGGGACUCAAGCCAAACCCCACCUCACUUUUUUUACAUGCCAUGGACAAAGGUCUAAGCUCACAUUCCUGCCCGUGGCUGAGGGGCAGAACGUGCUGUAGCCACCCCUUGCUCACCUCCAGCCACCCCAUCCCUUUCCCCAGCUGCCUUUGGUGUGCACAGCCCAGCUGCAGGGCUGAGUGAGCACACAGCUGAACACAAUCAAAGGAAAGAAAAACCCCAGCUGAAGGUCAGGGAUUGGGGCUGGGUGGUGGAGGGAAAGCCCAUGGGAGACUCCUUGGAGAAUCAGACUUUGGGAGUGUGUGAAACACAGUGCCUUGGGGGAAAAGGUGGGUUUGUGACACAAAAAUAGCUCUGGCUCUCUUGCACUUUAGAGUAACUCUCAGUGGCCUUAUGUCUGAGUUAUGUCUGUUUGGGGGCAGGAUCCACACCCCUCUGCAAAGGGGGUUGAGACCUUGGUGCAUCCCUGUGGGGGAAGCAGGAUGGGUUCCUAGCCAGCUUUCAGCUCUGCCAAAGUAAUUUGUGAAGUCCCUGGUAAAUGUCUCUUAUUUAUGUAGCCAAUAAAUAUUGGAUAACUCUG